UUUGUGAACUCUCUGGGGUGGGCCUGGCUCCUUUCCUCCGUGUCCGUACGAUGUCUCACACAAUGGGCCUCUGGUUCCCGAUUGUUUUAGCAGGAAUAAAUACUACGUUCGCUUCAGAAGAAAAGUGGCGUUCGCCAAGCCAUCCAGCAGAGCAGAUGCCUCGGGAACUGAACGUUUAAAGGAACGUAGGAAACGACUCUUUGAGGUUUACAUGAUGGUGCCUAUAAGGCUGCCUAAGGAAAGGGAGUCAGGCAGGCUUGUAUAAUUGAGAAAGCUGAGCAAUGAGGAGACAGGUGAACAGAGUCCAAACUCGGGCAUCUCUUUACAACAGACUGCCGUUCUUCCAGGCAGAAAAGAUCCCCGUCAGAGGUGUUGAUGUGGCUGUCUGGGUGGUGAUGUAGUACUUCUGUGUGUCACAUUAUCAGAGUCCUUUCACCUUUGCAAAUGCAAUCACGUUAUCUCAUUAGCAGUGCAAGCCCUGUGGUGACCUUUGUUCUGACUAAUUGGAGGAAUAAAGUUCACCAGUAAAGACUGGAAGGGGUUUUACUGGUUCCUCUUGUGGGAGGGGACCAGGCAAGCACAGUUGUGUUCGUGGUGCCCUGCAGGGAAAUCACAUGCUAGGCUCCUGAGAGCAGAGCAAGGCACAGACCCGGCAGCUGGCUGAACCUCGGCUGAGACUUCCCCUUUGGCUCACUUGCCUUUCUCCGUCCCUUGCAGCUGCGUAAAUGAGUAUGGAAGAUUAUGAUUUCCUGUUCAAAAUUGUUUUAAUCGGCAACGCCGGCGUGGGGAAGACCUGCUUAGUCCGACGCUUCACUCAGGGGCUUUUCCCCCCAGGUCAAGGAGCCACAAUUGGCGUUGACUUCAUGAUUAAAACCGUGGAGAUAAAUGGUGAAAAAGUAAAGCUGCAGAUCUGGGAUACGGCAGGACAGGAGAGAUUCCGGUCCAUUACGCAGAGCUACUAUCGCAGUGCGAAUGCAUUAAUAUUGACCUAUGACAUAACCUGCGAAGAAUCCUUCCGAUGUCUCCCAGAAUGGCUGAGAGAAAUAGAGCAGUACGCCAGCAAUAAGGUCAUCACUGUGCUAGUGGGUAAUAAAAUUGACUUAGCUGAUAGAAGGGAAGUCUCCCAGCAAAGAGCUGCAGAGUUUUCGGAAGCCCAAGACAUGUACUAUCUGGAAACCUCUGCUAAAGAGUCAGAUAAUGUGGAAAAACUCUUUCUGGACUUGGCUUGCCGGCUGAUCAACGAGGCAAGACAGAAUACACUUGUAAACAAUGUGGCCUCCCCAUUGCCAGGAGAGGGGAAGAGUAUCAGCUAUUUGACUUGCUGUAAUUUUAAUUAAGAGCUGCCACAAGAUGCCCCCAGAAUGGGCCAAGAAGAUUUUUUUUUUUAAUUUUUUCUUUUUGCUGGGAUUUAUCUCAGUGAAGGCAAUCCUUGCAACUCUGAUUCAUCUGACUUGCCUCCAAGUCAAGUUCCUGAUCCUAAAGCAUGGUAGGCUGACCACUCCGCCUGUAGGGCCACGUAGCAGAAUAUAAUAUGGUUUAAUUUCUUUUGUUUUUUGCUGUUGCUGGAGUUGGUUAGGGAGGAAACUCAUGCAAGGCUCUCAGUGGUAUGCAGUGAGUUGCUACGUCACUUCUGAAGAUGACUGGAACACCCUGGCGAUGGUAUUGAAGGGUGGGAUGUGGGAUCUCUCCUGCAUUACAAUGCUUUAUACCACAUCCGGUCCUCUUAUUUUACAGCUGAUGACCGUUAACUCUUAGACUAUACUAGCAUCCUUCUGGGCUGCCAGCCAGAUGAAUGCGUAGGACGUGUAUAUAGAAUAUGUCUGGAGCAUCCUGAUGCAGGACUCAGCGGUAUGUUUUGAAAUAGUGUUACGUCUCUCAUCUGCGGACAUUUUUGUGAGUUUGGAAUUAAAAAUAUAUGUACCGGCAUUUCCAAACGAACAGCUCUUUGGAAAGAAAGAUGUGGAUACAGGCUGACACACCCCUUUUGGUGCUAGCAAUUCAGUUGAAUAUACCAUAGACCAGAUAUAGUUUUAUUACAUUGCUGUCCUCUGAAUGUGUAACUUAGAGUAAUUAGCAGAAGUACACUAAUAAGCACUGUUCAUAAAAUAUCAUUACCUCUUUUUUUCUAGGCCUGAGCAUAGUGGGUAAGGGCUAUGCUUCUUUGAUGUCAAAUGUAAGGUGAGAAGACUGCUGAAGUCAAAAACAAAACAAAGCCCUGUUAACUAGUAAUGUCCUAAUGUACUAAAUUAGUUUUGGGAAGACUUAGUGAUGGAGUUAAAAAAAACAAACCAACCCAGAUCAUAUAUGACCAAAAUACUGUGCUUGCAUUGAUCACGUAGAAGUGUUCAAAGAGAGAGCACAGUUUGAAAUGGCAGCCCACAAUGCAUUUGUGGAACAAAAGCCUGUAGCUACAGUUCUUGCUGAGAAGGUGGUGUACAAUUUUUGUAGGGUUUUUUAAGCUUAAUGACAACAAAUGGCAAGUGUUAUUAUUUUGCAUCUUACUCAUGCAGCAGCCAUGUUAUGGACCUCGGAGAAGUAACUCAAGGUAUCUUUUUGGCAUCUGCUCUCUAUUAUAUAGUAGCUUUCAGAUUCAGGACUGUCAAGUCAUUUAAUUUUCUUGUUUUGUAUCCUUAUGUCUCAGACUCUGAUGUGUGUAACUGUUUCUUAGUCCAUUUCUUUGUCUGGAAACUUCAACGUUGGAAGCAUUAUGGAUUUUUGUCCUAUUGUUCCUCUAGUGCCAUGUUUUAAUAAUAUGCAUUGGUUCUUGCAUUUAAGCAAAAUUGGGCGAGAAGUUGGACACACACAUGGACUAUCAUUUUUAAAUGUUUGGCAUCAGUUCUGUUAAUCUGAAUAGAAAACUCUUGGUAACUAUGUGGCUGUGAUAUGUUGUAAUUUAGCAUUAAUCAGCUCGAUUAUCAUUUACUAAAGAUGAUGACUGGGCUUUUGUAUUGAUAUAUAAAAGCUGCCAAUGAGUGAAUCUUGAGAAUAAAAAUAGUGUUUUAAAAUACUUUCUCAUGUUUUCCUGAACAGAUUAUUUAGGGUUUAUCAUAUUGUGCCUUUGAUCUUUAAAAGUAUCUCUGUAAGUAUCAAGGGCAUAAUAUAUUCAUUUCAUAAUCCAUGUGUUCUUGCUAUAAUAUGGACCAUUUUUUCCCCCUUACACUGUAAUCCCAGGGGAUUUAAAAAUGUAUUCGCCUUGGCUUUUUGGCUGGGCUUGGUCAUACAGCAAAACCUGCACUGAGAUUUCCUUUUUUAACCUCCUUAGAAUACCCUCAAAAGGCCAUUGCCCUGAUUGUCUGCUUAAAGGCCAUCCAACUCCCAAACAAUUGACUUUUGCAUGUCUUUUUGGUGAUUGCUUAAAGCAAGUUUCACUGUAUGUGCCAUGUGAUAUAAUGCCAUCUAACUCAAGUAUUGUAUGUAUUUUUUUUUUUAAUUCUUCCUCUCCAGCAACUAGCCUUUUUGAAAUCGCAUGGCAGGGGGACUUGGGCGAGGUGCUAGGAAGACUGGGGAAGUGGAACAGGUGUCUCAUGGGGCUUGUUUUUCCUCUUCUUGCAUCCAAGGAUAAAAUCCUGUAGUAUUUUCACUAAUGCUGUCUUUUAAAUUGCACUGGACUAACUAGUCUGUUACCAGACCAGUCUGUGUUGUGCAAUGCUUUUGUUUCCUAUACUGGACACAGUCUGACAAAGUAAAUCCCACAGUCCCUGCUGGGUGUAAACAAAGCCUAUUUAGAUCAGUGCUGCAAGGGGGAACCAUUUGCUUUUUCUGUAAGUGUAUUUUUAAAAGACUGUAAAUUUUAAGGAAAGAAUUUCACAGUGGCACUGGGAAACAGUCGAUUGAGCGAGGAGCUGGGAACAAAUUAGCUCUUUCCAUGGGUCUUUCUUAGCAGUCAGCAUUGCUAUUUUCUUACAUAUUCAAUCUGAAGUUUCUAAUAAGUUGACCCUUCCUCUCUCCUUCUGCUUAUUUCCCCUCUUGAUUUCAGAUGCUGUCUAUGGAUUGCCAAGCGUCAGGUCCUUCUGCCUUUCCUGAAGCUUCUUAUUAGACGAGUUCAAUAGUUAGACAAUGAUGGUGUGUUUCCUAAUGGACCACACUAUUUUAAUUGAACUAGUAGGGCAUGUAAGUCCGUAAGGGCAGGGUAGCAAAUCUCAAAUUAUUCCUUCCUUAGCUCAUUCUGGCCCCAGACACUUUAAGAGCCUUGCUUGAGUGAAGGGCUUAUUUACAAUGUGUUCGGAGCCGAACUGGCGCUGCCACAUUCACCGUUUUUACGAGGUGGGAAACCAAGAACGUCCCCUCCCCCCUUUUUAUAGGUAGCGGACCUGCAGAUGCAUCUCUGAUCGCUUUGAGUUUAACAAACAGUAUUUUGUUGCAAUAACUCAUUGGCAGAUUUAUUGCUCUCAUAAAUCUUCAUUUGUCUUGUUUUUAUAACCCGCUCAGCCCCAUGCUAUGGGAGCACUUCUUGCCAUUUCCCACGUUCUAGUCCUUUCAGGGAAGUUCCACCUCCUGCAAAAGGGCACAUCAGCAGUGUCUAUGCGUGACUUCAUGUUGUGGCAAGUUUCGUCAAAAAAAAAUAAAAAUCCUCCGUUUUGCCUCAUUGGUUUAAGGCAAUGAGUAGCUCUAAGGAGAAGCCAAUAUGGUCUGUCAACGCAAAUGCCAGCAAGACUGACAUAGAGGGGGAGCAGUCAAGACAUCUGACCGGGAAUCAGACCGUCUCAAAUCUAGUCUUUCAGUCCCUGAUUUACCUGAGUGAUGUUGGACAAGCCGCUUCAUUUCUUUGUCUCGGGUCUCCAUUUGUAAAAUGGGCUCCAGCACUUCCUAUCAUGCAUUUAGGUUGCAAGCUUUUUGGAAUAGACACUGGCUGCUUAUUGUUCCUAUCUGUUUCCACAGCGUCUCAUACGAUGGCUCAUGUCUCAUCUCUUUGUGAGCUCGGGCUGAGAAACGCCUGGAUCCUUUCCCGGAGAAGGGACAGGGUGAAGGGUUGCAAUAGGAAAAACAGAAUGGUGAAAAUGUUAAAAAGAGCAGGGUAAUGCAUGGCCUUCCCGCUCCUGCAAUUGCUGUUCCGAGUUGAGCUGUAGGCUCGUUAUCUGAAUACACUGUGAUUUACGUGCUUGCAAUGAAUGCUAAGUGGCUUUGUGCUUGCCAUCCAGUUAAAAUCCUACGUGGUGAAUUAUUAGCUGACACGAUGCUUGGUUCUGGGCUAUCAAAUACCUGAAGUGACUCUCUAAAUGUGUUGAGCUGUCUAUACUGCUAUAGAAACAGCCAUCACUAUACCAGUUGCAGUUGGCUCCUGCUAGUCUAGGUUUAGUGGCUAAUGGCUAUUGAAUUUCUUCAGCAUCCAUAAGAGCGGCUGCAGACUCAUGUCCUGACUGCAGACGGUGGUUGGAAAUGAUAGAAAGCGGUGAUUCGUGAUGCAGCGCACUGAGCAUGAAGGUCCAUCCUGAGCUUUUGCUGAUAAGGCUUGCAGUUCGUUUAUAGCCAAAACUAUUGUUUUUUUGUAUGGUUUGUAGAAGUCACUUCCCACCCCCAGGGACUAAUGCUUGUUCAACUCCUUUUCAUGCUGAAUGGAGAGGGCAAGUGGAUAAACUGGACAUCAGUCGUAACGAGCUGUUGGCCUGGCAGAACUGGCUUGCUCAAGAGAACAAACUCGGUUUGAAACCAGGCGUCAAUGGCAAAAGCACCGAAGUGCUGAACGCAGUCAGAAGCCCAAGUAGCCAUGGCAAGCGUGCGGUAUCUCACCGACUGUUUGUCUUCAGGGGAACUGUGGCACCUUCACAAAUGGGUCUGUACAUAGCAGAGGUUGCCAAAGAAAAGCUAAUUGAGUCUGUCUGCCCAGCAAGCUGUAACUGCUUUGCUCUUGAUAACAUGCCCGACUGAGUGUUACAGCCCUUUUGUGAUGGAAGAAAACAGUAAGGGCCAGAUUAUAUUCCACUUCUUAGGCACCUAAGGAUGAUCCUGUUCCACUCUGCGUGAGUCCUUGAAAACCUGUUAAUAAAAAAGUGGGGUGGGUGGUCCUCCUCCUCACUGCUUUGUUGUGACUCAGUCCUCGGGGUGAGACUUCAGCCUGUUACAGAAGCAGAUGCACUAGUGGGUGUUCAGGGACUGACGCUUAGGGGUGGAAGUCCACUUACGUGCUCAAUAGGUGGGAUAGGACCUGGCCUGAUUUAUAAUGAGCUAAAAAUGGACGAUGCAACUUGGUGCGCUCCUUCUAGAAGAAAUAGUUCUUUAGUGUUCAGUCCUCUUAAAUAUAUAUUUCUUUUUAAAUCCAGUUGCUUUUUGCUCGACUCAUGAUUCGCAUUGGACUUGGUUGUUUGUGUGUGCGCCUUGACUGUGCUGCUUGAAGUACAAAGCUGGCUGGCUACCUGUCAAAUCUACCCAGCAAGCAACACAGAGUUGUUCUCGUACAAUGCAAAAGAGAACUGGCAGGGCAGCCCACACAAACGGCUAAAUUGGGUCAGUUAGGGCCUGAUUCAGAGCUCACGGAAGUUGGCAGAAACCUCUUGUUGACUUCAUUGGAUUUUAUCCCUUUCCUUUAGGUGCAGAAGGAUGUUGCAUCAAACAUGCCGUUUAAUUUUAUUUUUGGGAUGCAAAGCAAAUGCAGCUCAUAAAUCUGCUCUCUAGUUUCUAAGCUCAGGUACCUCUUCCUUAGAGCAAGAUUAUUGUUGCUACGGUUCGUUUCUGCUAGGCGCAGCUCCGUAAUGUAAUAGCAGAGGGUAAUCGAUGUGGAAGGGUCGACUUGCUUUUCUGAUUUUGAUGGCUGGGGGGAGAUCACUCCAUCCCAAUUUAUAGGAAUGAGCAGCAUGUUCUAAGUGGCGCUCCUCCUGUUAAAGCUGGUCAAGUUUAUCGGCCACUUGAACGGCAGCUGUAUGCGCUGCGUUGUGUAUUUGUCUUUGUCUGCCUAUUGGAUCUACAUGAGGCACUCGUACUGAUGUAAUCACAUUGAUAUUGUUCCACCGCUGCUGGUUCCCCUCAUCCAGGCAAGCCUCAACUUGACUAAACAGGAACGUUAUGCCAUGUGAGCCAAGUAUGAAAAAGGUGGAAGCUGUGGAUUUAAAACCCUUCUUACGCAGCAUUAAGAAACACAGAUUUCCCUUUGCAAAUGGAGCACUUGCUUGGCAUCCCUUUCUGUACUUGCUAUUAAAUGACAAGCUAUUAAAAACCUCUGCACACUCCAGAUGCGACUGGAAACCAAUCCGUCAAAUUGGUUCCAAAGACUCCCUUUUCCAGCAAGUUGAGGAGAUAAAGUGGCUUUCUGUUUAGGCAGACAAGGCCCUUUGGGCAAAUCUGAUCUCUUUUACUAGACCAACUCGAAUUCUGUUCCGUUUAGUGCACUCGUUAAUGAAACGAAGCUCUCUGGGAUCCUGGCUGAAGUACUGGAUGCAUUUUUCAUUUGUGUUUCCCCCUUUCCACUGCUGCUUAAGGCUGUGAAAGUGUUUGCCAUUAGGCUUAGGCCAUGUCUCUGCUGUGCAUCUUCCAGAUUGCUAGCACCCGUGCCAAAUUGCUCGAUACUGGGACUGGGAGGUUCUGAAGUCUCACUGUCAUAGUACCAGGGAAGCACUGUAGGUGGCUCUGAAAUGCUAGAUAGUCUGAAAAGCUCUUUGUUGAACACAGCCUAAUUGUGUUGAGAGGCACCCUUUGAGGAGCAGACCUUUGUGCCCUGUGCUGGAAAGACUCCCUUCCCCAAGCAGAGGAUGAUUUCAUGCCAUAACUCCCACCAGAGACGCUGUGCUUUGCAAGCAGUGACUUUUCCUGUGCACCAGCUGCUGCAGGGGCCCCACCUUGGAGAGGGAGAUAUUACCUGUUUGGUGCAGACAGCAAAACUGAAGUGCAGUGGAGAUCGUGCAAACAAGUACCGCGGUAACUUGAGAUGGGAAUAAGACCAGAGUCCUGGCUCCUUGUUCUCUGUACAAGCCGCUAGACCACGGACUUGUUCUAACGCAUAAGGAGAGCUUUGGCUUUUCAUUUAUCCUCAGUGCCUGCUCUCUCAGUUGUACUCCCAGCAUGGGUAGGUAGACUGCAAGGUGAGAGUCCUUCUAUUGAGCCAACGCAGCGUAUUCAAGCCUUCAGGGCUGUUGGUUUAUUUAACCCGCAUGCGGGAAACUGCUAACAUGCCGAUGUCAUAUUUUCCUCUCCAUCAGCCUCCCAGCUCAGCUCAGUUUACAGACACGGGUGCAGAGGAGCUGGCAUUUGUGCCAUCAUCAUUCCUCAGUGUUAAGAAUAGAUUUAAAGUCCAAUAGUGUGCGGGUGGGACAAGUGAUAAUAAAUUAAACCAAGUUGGCCUCUGCAGUCUGAGAGCCUUUGGCUCUGGUGGUGCUGGUGGCUGGGGAUGUUGUUUGGCCUUUGGGCAGAGUGAGAGCAAAACCUGUGGUUUCUGAUGGGGGGACCCUUAGUCGAUCCAUGCAUGUCCCUGGCUCUGCUCUUGCAGAGUGUCUGAGCUGAAACAAAAUGAAGUUUUCUUCUGAAAACAUUUUGGGAAAGAAAGAAGCAGUCUAAUAGGGCAAGCCAGCAUCCUGGAGCUUGUUCCUGUAUCAGUGUUGAAACAUGAGUCUGUCCCUGAAUAUUAAAGAGGAAUAUUUCAAUACAUGCCACGGGUUUUUAGCAUAAUGAGCUGCAUUAUGGAUAUUGCAUUUCCAUUUCAUUUUCCGCAGUUGUUUACACAGGAAAACUGCUCCUGUCAUUUCCCUGCCAAUCUGUGGAAACACCCGGCCUGCUGCGCUUUCAUCUCCACUUCACUCUUAUUCUGUUGCACAAAUUGAAUUUGUGUCUUCUGUGCAUUUUCACAUGACAAGUUUGUCUUUCUGCCUCUAAUCUGCGAGGAAAGACUCAUCCUAUUAACAUUUGCAUUCAUUAAUAUUUUAAGUAGACAUUUAAUUUUUUUCCCCCUUUUACUGACCAUUUUCCUUUGUAAUAUUAUCUACCCGGCAUGUUACUUGUAAUGUCAACAGUCAGGUUUUAAUGGCCUACAAUAUCGCUUGCUCUAAGCUCGUUUCUUCCAAAAUACCAAUAGUUUACUUAAUUUUUAGAAGGUUUAUAAGGGUAGGUUUUUUGUUCGUUACAGAAAAGGAACUGAGCCAUCACCAAUUUUGAUCGCUUCAAUUUUGAUUUGAUUCCAGGUAAUUGUUUUCAGGUACCCUUUAUACCAUCAGCCAUAGUUGGAUUUGGGCUUGAAAAGUGUAUUUAAAAACUAAUAGCAGCAUUUUGUUUGCAGUACCCAUACCAAUGAAGACAAAAUGUUGAAGGAAGUUCCCAGAUGGCAUUAUUUUCACAUGCUAUAAAUUGCUCUGUGAAGAGCUGCCCUGACAGCUGGGUUUUCCCAACGGUUGUGAGUGUAGCACAAUGUAUAGAAGUGGAGGAGAAACCCUCUUGUUUAAAUGCCCUCAUCAUACAGCCACAAGGAUGAUGGGACACUGUCUGUCUCGUGGAGCAAGCACAAAUGCUGAAAUAAUCAUGUAACCAUUUUAGUGGUGAAAACGCAAUACAUUUUCUAGGACCAUUUAUCUUUGGGUUUUGUGGGCGUAAAGCCUUUUUAUUUUUUUUGAAUUUUUUGUUCUUUUUGAAAAGGAAAGAUAUUAACACAUUGCCAAACUGUGAAUCAAAAGCUGUCACAAGCAUUUGGCAUUCCUCUGAGUCAGGUCUGUGUUACUGAGAAAGGUAAAGCGCGUUAAGAACGAUGAUGGGAAUGUAUUUUGUGCAACGAGAAUGAUGAAUGUAUAAAGCUCCAUAGUUUAUUUGUAACUUAAUUUUUGUACUCAUUGGAAACUCCUUCCCAUGUAUCUGUAUGUAAAUAAACAUUUAAUGCUUUACACGUUAAA